UUUGUGAUUUAAAAAACAACAUAGUUGAAUGGUGUUUGGUCGUCCAGGAGGAUUACAGACUGGCACCGCAAUAUAUCACAAAUAUAAUUUGUCUCUUACACUUUUUUGAAUCUACUUUUGGAGUCCCAGCUGUUGUGAUCUAUUUAGACCCGUUUUUCCAAAGCAAAGUUUUCUCCAUGAGUAUCCAGUCCGCGCGCAGCAGCACUUGAUCUCGGCGGGGAAGCGGAGAAAAGGAAGAUGACCAUUCACGUCGAGGGUCUCGUGGCUAUCGUGCUCUUCUAUGUCCUGAUUCUGUUUGUGGGGAUCUGGGCUGCGUGGAAGAAUAAGAACUCUGGAGUUGGCGAUGGCUUAGAUCGGAGCGAGAGUAUCAUGGUUGGGGGAAGGGACAUCGGCUUGUUCGUUGGUGGAUUUACGAUGACCGCCACUUGGGUGGGAGGGGGCUACAUUAAUGGAACAGCAGAAUAUGUCUACCUCCCAGGCUUCGGCCUGGCCUGGGCACAGGCACCCUUUGGUUAUGCUCUCAGCCUUGUAGUAGGGGGCCUUUUCUUUGCCAAACCCAUGCGAUCACGUGGAUAUGUGACCAUGCUGGAUCCCUUCCAGCAGCUAUAUGGAAAAAGGAUGGGUGGUCUGCUGUUCAUUCCUGCACUCAUGGGAGAAAUCUUCUGGUCUGCAGCCAUUUUGUCCGCUUUGGGUGCGACUCUCAGUGUGAUAGUGGAUAUAAAUAUCAACAUGUCUGUGGUGAUCUCAGCACUGAUAGCCAUCUUCUACACACUUGUUGGAGGACUUUACUCUGUUGCAUACACAGAUGUGGUCCAGCUCUUCUGUAUCUUUCUGGGUUUGUGGAUCAGUGUGCCUUUUGCUCUGUCCAAUCCUGCCGUGUCAGACAUCGGUGUUACAGCCAAGAAAACAAUCUAUCAGUCUCCUUGGCUCGGGACGAUUGAGCCUGAAGACAAUUGGCUCUGGGCGGACAACUUCUUUUUGCUUAUGUUGGGGGGGAUUCCCUGGCAGGUCUAUUUUCAACGGGUUCUUUCUGCUUCUUCAGCUACCUACGCCCAGGUCCUUUCAUUCCUUGCUGCCUUCGGUUGCUUGGUCAUGGCUGUCCCCUCAGUCCUCAUAGGAGCUAUAGGGGCUUCCACUGACUGGAACCAAACUACAUAUGGUUCCCUCCCUCCAAAGGAUAAGGAUGAGUCUGAUAUGAUCCUUCCUAUAGUGCUUCAGCACCUCUGCCCACCGUACAUCUCCUUCUUUGGUCUGGGGGCUGUGUCAGCUGCGGUCAUGUCAUCAGCAGACUCAUCCAUACUCUCAGCCAGCUCCAUGUUUGCCAGGAACAUUUAUCAGCUCGCGUUUCGGCAGUCGGCCUCAGAUCGGGAGAUUGUUUGGGUGAUGCGCCUCACCAUCUUUGUGUUCGGAGCUCUGGCCACUGCCAUGGCAUUGUUAACAGGAUCAGUAUACGGCCUGUGGUACCUGAGCUCUGAUCUGGUCUAUGUCAUCAUAUUCCCCCAACUUCUCAGUGUACUGUUCGUUAAGGGCACCAACACCUAUGGUUCUGUGGCUGGUUAUAUCUUUGGUCUUCUGCUGCGCAUUGGUGGAGGGGAGCCCUACCUCAAACUACCUCCAUUCAUCUAUUACCCCGGCUGGGUGACCCAGGAGAAGGUCCAUCACCUCACUGGAGAUGUAGAGCACUUUGUCCAGCAGAGGUUCCCCUUCAAGUCUGUGUCCAUGGUGGCAUCCUUCUUGGCCAAUGUGUUUUUUUCUUACCUGACAAAGUAUCUAUUUGAAAGUGGUAUGCUGUCACAUAAGUACGACUUCCUGGAUGCUGUUGUUUCCAAGCACAGCAAGGAGAUAAUGGACAAGGCAACACUGGUAAGCAACCAUGAUAACAUAAUUCUUUCAGAGAUGGCUCCUGUCAGGCAGGUCUUGGGUGCCUCACUUGCUGGGACCUUUACCAACACGGAGGUCCUCAGUGAUGAUGGGGCAUCUAGUCCAGAGGCUUUUCACAAUGAAGAUUAGACAUUUAAGGCACAAAGUAAACUAGAACCAAGGAAUGUAAAGAAGAAGGAACAGUCAAAAGAGGCAUCAAUAUUCUUCAGGAAAAUUACUACUGCCACACUGGGAGCCAAAUCAACAGAGCAUCUGCUGUGGCUUUCAAGUGACUCCAAAAGUUUCUGACGGCAAUAUGGUGCCUCCUUCUUUUUUGAGAUUCCUUGCCUAGAAACAGCAAACGGACUCAAUCACCUGUGCGAAUCAUGCCACACUCAUUCUUGUGUUUUCUUAUCAUGACUCUGUGAAACUUCAACCAUUUUCAUUUAAGUGCUGCUAUAGUGAUCGGAGGAACUUUGGAUGGAUGUACAGUGGGCCUAUAUGAGCAAGUCUACAAGGAUUUGUUGUGGAUCAUGAAAAUAGUGCAAUAUCUAACCAAGAAACUGUGUCCACAUCUACAAGUCAUUAUAUAAAGCAUAAUAUACGUAAGUUUGUUUACAUGCACCUGACAACUAAGCUUUUAUCAUACUUUGAGUUUCAUGUAGAACAACUUUAUUGAUAGAGCAAUAAUAUUUUUUAGGAUCCACAUUGUACAGCUAGAUACAUUUUAAUGAAUUAGAUUUUUACCAUGUCUGGUCUUAAACCUGAAGACCAGUAGAUGUUUGCAAGUUUUAUGUUCUGUUUUCAGCUCGAUUUAAUCUUCUUGCUGAAGUCCAUAAUUAUAUGACCAAACCCUGACUUUACCAAAUAGAAGAUACUGGCUAAAUCAGCAAAAUCCCAAACAGUGUCCCAUAAAAACAUUUUUUUUCAUUCACUACCAACACUUAGCAAGCUAACUACCAUCUUUGUUGUAUUGACAAGAUUACACUAAACAAAAGAGAUCAAUGAGUGUCCGCAUAAGAAGAAUUCACUGUGGGGUGGGGGGUUUAUAGAUACAGGGCAAAAUUAUCAUCCAGUGGUGUUGUGGUUAACACGCUCGCCUUGCAUCCGAAAGAUCACCAGUUCAUAACUGGCUAGUGUACUCCCACUAUUUUGACCCAAGUCCCUACCUGGAUAAAUGGCAGGGUUGCAUCAGGAAGGGUGUCCACUGUAAAAAUCUGUGCCAAAUAAAAUAUGCAGAUACAUUCUCUGUGGUGGAACUAAGGGAGCCACCGAAAGUACCUAUCCAUCAGAUUAAUGAAGCUUCUGCUCAGCUCUGUUUUGAUCUUUGCUAUUCUUGUCAGUACUGACGAGUCCCUAAAGUUACAACUUUAUUGUAACUUUAACCCAAUCUCUUUAAUGUGAGCUGAUGAGACGGUGACAGUGAAAUCAGAAAACCAAAACAGUGAGUAAAACGACAACAAUAGUCUGGAGCACAAAAGAGUGGUUCUGAGCUCAGUGAUGUAGUCAUUUGAUCCAGUAUUUAUUCUAAAAUAAAGUUUGAUGGUGACAGGGAGACAUAAAUAAUGAUCAUAAGCUUCCUGCUACUGACACUAAAGUUCUGCACUGAACCUAAAUUGUGUGCUGCUGAAUCAUCAUGAAUCAGAGUAAUUAGACAGGAGCUCUGACUUUAUUACACUCCACCCCGUGACCUUUCUUUCCCCUUGUACUUUCCAGGCAGCCAUUGUCUUCCCUUCAUUUCAAUGCAUUAUGAAAAUCAAUUUGCUAUCAUUGUUUUUGUCAAACAUACAAUGGGAAUACAUCUUUAAACUACCAUUCAUUUACAGCUGUAAUGGUAACACUGACACCAGUAAAAGCACAUGAUGUUCAUUUUGCAAACAGAUUUUAUAAAUGACUGGAACCUAAUAGCAGCCUGGAAAUAAAUCUCAAUACAAGACGCGACAGUGAACUUUGAAAGUAAUCAAGAACACUUCAGUGAUUUUUAUUUUUAACAUGAACUCACAGAAGCCAUUUUGAAAUAUAUAUAUGUGUGUGUGUGUGUGUGUGUGUGUGUGUGUGUGUGUGUGUGUGUGUGUGUGUGUGUGUGUGUGUGUGUGUGUGUGUGUGUGCGCGCGCGCCUAUGAUAGUUUGUUUUCUCAUCCUAAAGCUGUAUUGACUGGCCAGCUACAGCAGGUUAGUGGGGACAGGAAAUGAUUGUUCCUCCCAGGAUGGUGUAGUAGCACCAGUCAUCAUCGAUCCGGCCCCAAGUCGAUCAGCCCUCAGGACAUUUGAUUAAUGCUGCACAGAGGUUCAAAAAUGAUGGUUUGUAAGGAGUGUGUUACAGUGCGAUAUUAGCAGUGAUGAAAGUUGAAGUGUUACUUGAUUGAGCACCCUCAUACAUUGUUCAGUAUAAGUCCUUACAUUGUCACAGGCCUGGCAGUUUUAAACUACCGGACACACUGCUGCCCUGUGUGGAAAAAAGAACAAAAGAAACAAAAAAAUCUGUCAAGUUAAGAAGAUUUUUGGCAUUGUUAUGUGUUACUGUUGUCCAGUUGACUUCACUGUGUUUAUCUCCUCUUAGCAUCGUUGUGGUUCGUUGGUGUCUUUUUGAAUCUUAUGGACUUGCCUUAAUUCAAACGUCAGUGGUGAAAAAUGAGUGAUUUAGGAACAUGUUGAAAAGGUGACAUGUAUGAAAUAUUUUUCCAUUGAAGGAUAAGGCUGGUAAUAUUCUAGAUGUUCUUGUCAACUAUUAUUACCAAGUGAGACCGAAAUCAACAAUGUGUUAGUCGGCCUUUUGGCACUCUCUGACCUCAAAAAGUUCAGCGAACCAUACCUGGUUAAAAUUUUUCCCUCAAGAUCACCUUCUCAGAUAGCUUCUUGUGCUGCUGCUAUUUUUGCAUUGCUUUCUGAUAGUCCUGCUAUGACCACUUGCUCUGUGAGAUUUUAUCACAGACCUCUAAAUUGUGCACAAACCUCAACAUCUGCUUCAAAGUGAUCGAGGUUUGUAGGUUCAAACCAUGAAGGAGCAACAUCAGCUCAUGAGUAGGACCAGAAGGGUGAGACUACCAUUGUGAAGUCCUACUGCUCUACUGGCAUCUGAAAAAACAUGACCUCAAACGAGUUGAGCACUUGCCCAAAAUAUAAAUGGAGCUGAAGCUUUACUGUGUUGACACACCGGAGGAGAUCAAGCAUGCCUGGCAGAGGCACAAGACUGCUACUGAGUGUCCAAAAAUAGCAGAUGUGCUGGAAGCUGUCUGGACUUGCACCAGUAGGUGAUCUUGAACAGGUGAUGGGUCCUGUUUUAAUCUGGAAAGUUUAAGGAUUUUAAUUGGCUGUUUCCCAGAUUUUCUCAACCUUUUACAUAAUCGGUAUUGAUCCCAGGUUCAGGUUUUGGCUUCAGUGGCAAAACUUGUUACAAUCAUAUUAUUGAUGAUUUUUGUCUUUUUAGGCAAUUAGGUCGCAAUGUAAAAGAUCUAGAAUAACACCAGCCUUCAUCCUUUAAGAUGGCAGAAUUGCCUUGAAGUUAGUCUAUAGAGAGCAAAGGGGACUUGAGCCCCCAUGUGCAGCCAUAUCAGCUGAGGUAUAGUAGGACCUACUACUGAUCUGACCUGAACCAGUUUUGGGAUCGAUGAUAAAUCAGCUUCAGCUUCAAACAGGGCGGUCUGGUCUGAUGCUAUGCAAAGUGUCAGGCAAUCUCAUUGGACUUAAAUGUGAAUGUAAAUGUUCUCCUCAACAGAUGAGUGUGUAGUUUCCAGGGUUCAUCCACAAACCCGAGCGCACACGCAGAAAAUAAUUAACGUCAGCUGGUGGACUGACACGUUUUUGGCUCUAUGUCGUAAAUAACAAUGACGCUGUAUUUUUGUGUGAUAAAUGUAUAUACCAACAAAAAAAAGAAAAAAGCAUAGAAACAAAUUAGUUUAUCUUAAAAUGCAGCACUGAAAAUGAUGUUUGUUGACAGUGAAAUUACAGCUAUUUAUUUAUUUAUUC